ACUCAGGCGUACCUGAACAGUGACGCUCUGAGUCGCUUCCCAGAGAUCGAGCUGUAUGAAGCCGUCCAGUCGUGGCUGCGACACGACCGGCGGCGCUGGCGGCACACCGACACCAUCGUGCAGUCCAUCCGCUUCUGCCUCAUGACACCCGCCAACAUCUUCGAGAAGGUGAAGACGUCUGAGUUUUACCGUUACUCCCGACAGCUGAGGCAGGAGGUGGAUCAGGCGCUCAGCUACUUCCAUGAUGUCAACCAGCAGCCUCUGGUGGAGACGCGCUCCAACCGCAUCCGCUCCGUCCGCCCGCAGACCGCCGUCUUCAGGGGGAUGAUCGGCCACAGUAUGGUCAACAGCAAGAUCCUCCUGCUGCAGCGCCCAAAGGUAUGGUGGGAGCUGGAGGGACCUCAGGUGCCGCUGCGACCGGACUGCCUGGCGAUCGUCAACAACUUUGCCUUCCUGCUGGGUGGCGAGGAGCUGGGGCCCGACGGGGAGUUUCACGCCUCCUCCAAAGUCUACCGCUACGACCCUCGACAGAACUCGUGGCUCCGCAUGGCCGACAUGUCGGUGCCCAGGUCAGAAUUUGCCGUCGGCGUCAUCGGCAAGUUCAUCUAUGCCGUGGCGGGUCGCACGCGGGACGAGACCUUCUACUCCACGGAGCGCUACGACAUCACGGAGGACCGCUGGGAGUUCGUGGACCCGUACCCGGUAAACAAGUACGGUCACGAGGGAACCGUCCUCAGCGGCAAACUGUACAUCACCGGCGGCAUCACCUCCUCCUCCACCUCCAAACAGGUGUGCGUGUUCGACCCGGGGCGGGAGGCUGGAGGAGGAGGAGGAGGAGGAGGAGGUGGUGGUGGUGGUGGUGGUGGUGGUGGUGGUGGUGGUGGUGGAGGAGGCGGCGGCGGCGGCGGCGGGAGCAGCUCAAACGGGUCCGACGCACACAGGACACGCGCCGGCCGCGGCCCGCCGCUGCCCGCCGCCCAUGCCAGCUGCUGGGAGAACAAAUCCAAAAUGAACUACGCCCGUUGCUUCCACAAGAUGAUCUCACACAACGGGAAGCUGUACGUGUUCGGAGGCGUGUGCGUGAUCCUGCGGGCGUCCUUCGAGUCGCAGGGCUGCCCGUCCACCGAGGUGUACGACCCGGACACGGACGAGUGGACCAUCCUCGCCUCCAUGCCCAUCGGGCGCAGCGGCCACGGGGUGGCGGUGCUGGACAGGCAGAUCAUGGUGCUGGGCGGCCUGUGUUACAACGGCCACUACAGUGACUCCAUCCUCACCUUCGACCCCGACGACAACAAGUGGAAGGAGGACGAGUAUCCCAGGAUGCCUUGCAAACUGGACGGUCUGCAGGUGUGCAGCCUGCACUUCCCAGAGUACGUGCUGGAGCACGUCAGACGCUGUAGCUGAGGUCUGCUCCGCAGGGAGCCUCCUUUUUCUUUUUUUAUAGAAAUGAGAAAUGUGCCGUUCAAAGGACUGAAGUCUCUCCCUCUGGGGGGGGGGGGGGGUCGGGUGUCUCACAGGUGAGGAGAUGCGUUUUUGAAGAGUAGAGACCUGUGCUCACCUCCAGGUGAGAGGGAACAUGGCCCCCGUGUGCCGUUACUAUCUGCUGUUCUCAAUGAAGCCAAUCAGAGCGCGACGCGGUGAAGACGCUAACGUACGUUAGCUUGAACAUUUUCAGAAUUAGCUUUCUCAGAAAAUUUUAAGGAAAAAAAAAAAAAGUUUUGUGAAGAGAAAGAGAAAAACCAAGUUAAAUUCUGCUGGUUUGUUUGGACUGUGGUCAGUUUCCUCUUCUACUACUCACCUUCUGUAUUUAGGCUGUCCAGUCAAGCUUAUCGCAGAAACGCACUGGAAGCAACGCAGCCGUUUCCAAAGGGAGCUUUUUAUUUAUAUUUCUUAUUCCAGCGGUCAAACUAUCUAUUUAAAGGCAAACAGACAUCCUGUACAUCGUUAAUCGAGUAGAAUAUAACACAGCAAGUAUACAACCAGGUAUAUAAACACGUCUUUAACACUGUACACUGUAGUGUAGCUACUUCUAUGUUCUUAAAGCGGUCUGUGGAGAUCAAACGGAUGCUUUGACCACGUUGGUACAGACGCUGCUUCAAAAAGUCUCACAUUUGCUUCCAGUGCGUUCCAGCUUCUCGUCCUAACUCUGCUCUUUACUCCCAGAUAUCCACCAUACUGUGCUCCUAUUCAUACAACAUCACUGUGUGUGUGUGUGUGUGUGUGUGUGUGUGUGUGUGUGUGUGUGUGUGUGUGUGUGUGUGUGUGAGAGAGAGAGAGAGAGAGAGAGCUGAAUGCAAAACAUACCGCGCGGUACAUGAGGGCAUUCCUUCAUUCAUGCAGCGACGAUGGCGACGUUGUGGUGGUGACAGGUGCUAUUAUUUUGGAGAUUACGUGCACAGGAAGGAAAGAGCGGCUCUGAAUCCGUCUGGUCACUGGCGGUGCUUCACCUCCACCUACAUUCCCUGCACUUUAUUGUUAUUAGUAUUAUUUAUAUGGGUUCCUAUUGAGGCUGUAAAUGCACAUUUUACCAGCACUUGAGAGCAGCUGCAGUAUUAAGAAGGUGCUGUGAUGUCGCACACAUUCAGUCUGACAUGAACCGUCUGCGUUGAAACGUGCAGCUAGUGAAGAUGUUCUAAACGCUGGGCCUCCUGCAGGAACCUUCUUUAUUCUCCUCCGAGUCUGAUUCACUGAACUCUCUCAGAAACAUUCACCAAAGAUUUAAAAGAGCUCGUUCCCUCUGCUGAGCUUCA